CUUGUUGUCAUCAUUUCCGAGCCCAGCAGCAGUCUGUCCACGGCAGCAGCGGCUUCACGUCUCACUCAGGAAGCUGAGGAAGUGAAGAUGCGCGCCUCCUAAAUCAAAAUGGACUGCGCACUUUCUCCACGGGCUUUUAUAUCGACCGCACCGUCGUCCUGAAACGAUGCCCGGCGCAGCAUCAGCAGCAGCAGCAGCAGCAGGACGGAGCGCGCGGUGCCGUGCGUCGCGGUGCUUCUGCAUUUUUACGCGUCUGCUGAAAUCAAACGGCGUCACACGCAGCGGAGCCGCACUUUAACGCUUCACAUAAUAACAUGUCUGAGGGAGACUGCAGCAGCACUGGAGACCAGCACCAAAGGAUGUUUUUAUAACGCUUGCAAAUCACAUUUCUUAAUUUUUGUAGGUACUUAACAUCAGUUGAAAGACAAACCAUGGCCGAUGAGAGCAAAGUGUCCCAGCAGAUCCAGAGUGUGGAGAGGAGCGUGGUGUUCCUCAGGCAGGAACACCUCACUUUGCUCCAUGGUCUCCACCUGGAGAUCCUCUCCCUGCAGAAACGAUGCUCAGAGUUGACAAGUGAGCUGGAGAUGAAGCCUUCAGGCAGGAGUCAAAUAGAUUUACAGGAGGAAGAGGAACUGCUGGAGGAGCAUUGUGAUGAUUUGGAGAACCACCUGGCAGACAAGGAGUGCGCCUUAGGAGAGCUGCGAAUGGAGCUGAGUCACAAAGGGGCUUUAGUGGGAGCCCUCCGAGCCAAUCUCAAAGAAAAGGAGCGGCACUUUCUGGAGGAGCUCAAACGCCGCAGCCAUUGUUCGACCAUCCUCAACACAGAGCUGCAGAAACAAACAGAGGCAGCGGCGUACCUCUCCUUCCAGCUGCAUGCUGCCAGGCAGAAACUGCACCACCAGCGGAUGCAGCAGAGGCAGGGACUCCUUGCCAGAGCGAACAGUCAGGGGGUCCACUAUGGUGCCGAGCAGAACACGGUUUCUCCUCAAAUGCCAUCAGGAGCCUCCCCUUCUUCCCCUGUGGUAAAACCCAAACGCAGGAGCGCGAGGGCGUCUUUGAGAGUGGAACGUGCCCGGGAAUGUGUGCCAAUGGAGAGAGUGAUGGGCCCUGCAGAGCCCACAGCCAUGCCGGACCCAGCACUCUUCCUCUACCCUCGAAGGCACAGGGCUCGCUCCAGGCACACUGUGACACAAAGACUACCUCCACUUGGCCUGGAGAAGGAAGAUGAGGAAGAAGGAGGUGGGGAGGGGCCAGUGGAGCCCCAGGAAGAAGCUGUCAGACUGGUGUCUUCAGCUGCAGUGCCUCCUGCUGCUGAGACAAAAGCAGAUUAGCAACUACUGUGAUCUGUACCACAGUGUGAUCACUGUAUGAUCAUCUUACGUCAGACUGUUAAUGCUGUUUACUCUUGUUCUGCACCUUGGACUGAAUUAUUAUGUGACACUGGUUUUAGCUACUGAAUUAUAUUCACAUUUACCAUAGAACCUUUUUUAAAGUGGACUUUGAUAUGAAACUCAGUGUCAUUCUAAGUAAUUCUUAAAUCAAGUUUAAUGUGUUUACACUGAUGCCACAUGCUCUGUGUACUGAGGGGCCUUAUUACAAAGCGGUCCCUUUUAGAUUUGUGGUGAGGGUGUCUUUCACAAGGGUAGCAGCCAUUUUGGGUGUAGUGAACAGUUGGCUGUGUGGCCCAACCAACUGUGACCUUUCAAGGUCAACCAUAAAUCACUCCAUGUGGCUAAAUAUUUGUGUGGCCACCUGCACGCAAAUAUUGCAACUGCUGCUGUUCGUGUAUGUUUGAAUUAACCGACCGUAGUAACAUGACGUUGUUUUACUUUUUGUUGAUUUUAAACACUUCUUAGUUAAAUCGGUUGUGAUGGUGUUACAUUUCAUACAUUAUCCACAUGACACUUAGUGAAUGACCUUCAGCUCCAACAAUAGAGGAUAACGGAAACGCAGGUUGAAAUCACUGUGUUAUAGCUGCAGGUACAUGUUACAAAUCAUAACCUUUUUCACAGCAGGUUUGAUUUUAAUAAUUGGAAUACAUUUUUAAUGAGAACUGUGAACCUGUUCGGCUAAAUGGAACAAUGUCAUUGUUGAUUAUUAGCACCUAGUAUUACUAAUCAAACUUUAUCAUAAAUUGACCACAGUUAACAAAAUGUAAUAUAAUAUAAUAGAAUGUCACUUUGCUCCACAGACAUGCCACUGAUCUCUUUUUUUACCUACUUUACUCUGUCAUUUAUAUCACAAAAAUUACAAAUCUUACGUCACAACUAACAAUUAAUUCCUAUAUUAGUUGUCGACAAAAUAAAUGAAAAACUAGAAUUGGAAAACAGAGGGACAACAUGUCAGUCAGCAGUAAUGUUGGCCACGUGCAAAGGUGCACACAUGUAUUAUUGUAAUAUCUAGUCGGACUCACUGGACCAUGUGUUUGGUUUGUGUACUAAACAACACAGGAUUACCACUUAACAACAUUUCUGUUUGAGGUUGCUGUGUUGGGGUUUUUCCCCUCAGGAGAAACGGACAAACGGGAACAUAAGCAGUAGAAUGAGGUAUUAAUUUGGUUUAAGGAAGGUGGUUUAAGGUGUCACUUUUCUGUUUGAUACAAAUCCAUGACGUCUGUGUCAGUGAUAAGAAGGCAGGCUCAGUAGGAAUAUAUAUAUCUAUAUAUAUGAAGAGUUUGUGUUUUCGCUCCCAUGUUAUAAAAACACAUGCACAUUGUGGCCUCUAGUGUAAUAAUGGGCAAAUGGCAACUGGGGAUAAAAGCAGUAGAAGGACUACCAAGUAAACAAAAGCAGUGGCUCCAGUUUUAAUGUUUUAUGUUGUUUCUUACAUAUGUCAGUGCUGAUUAUUGAUUCUUUGUAGUGCAAUCAUUUCCUCCCACUAUAAGUCCUGCCUUAUUAUUGAAGAGUAAUGGCUUUAAGAAAUGCAGGGCUGUGUGUGAGUGUGUUGAAGACUUCUUUUUGUUCAAGAAUCACGUCCUUUUGUUUCUACAAGAUUUUUUAGAGAUGCUGUGGAAUUAAUUGCGGUACUUAUUUAGAUAUUUUAGAUUCAAAAUGCACUGCUCCAAAAAAAAUGAAGGGGGACACUUUGUCAUCACAGUCUUUAGUUUUUUUGUUUUUUUUUUAAUUCAGCCCACAAUGGGUUGUUUUUGAUUUUAUAUGGGUAAAUAUUUUUAGCUGAUAUAUUUGAUUGUGAUUCAGGUGUUCCCUUUAUUUGUUGUAUAAAUUGUCACGGACGUUAUUUGAGCCAGGACUGUCUCUGGCAAAUAUGAGACACAUAUAUGUCUUCAUAUGAGACUGAAUUUAAUUGUGAUGAGUUGUUGUGAGGCUAUUCUCACAUUUACAGCUUUGCAUCAUAGGGUUUUAGAAAUAAAUGUUACAUGAAGCAAUAUAUUAAUAUAUUUAUAUAUUAUUAGUAGGUCAUAUCCACUGGAUUAGGAACACUUGCGGUGUUUGAAUAGAGUAUAUGAUUGUUUAACUUUGUAUAUUGUAUUUGUUAAAGUGAAUAUUUUUCUCAAUGAUCUAAGGGAUUGUUUGAUUUGAAAGAGUUAUGUUGUUUGUCCCUGAAUUUUUACAUGACUAUUUACAGUAUGCCACAGGCUAUAGGAGGCAUGGCUAUGUUAUAAUUAUGCCACUUAAUAUUGUCUGGAUGAACGCAAAAAUGCAAAUGUGGUGAGGGUUUUCAUUCACUUCUCAGAUGUAAGCCAUCGGGAUAAAUGUGUACAUCAUUUUUCCUCACGUUUUAUGAGACAGAGCUAGAUACAUGUUCAAAGAUGUCUUGUUUAAAACAGGCUGUUUCCCCAAACCUUGAACAUGGACUUCAUGACUUCACGUGAAACAGCAAAUAGAUUAAAACCUCCACCCACCUUGCAUAAUCAGUUCACCACCCCGAAUACCAAAUCAUCAUUGUACCAUGUUAAAUGUUAGCUGAUAUAUGCUUUGGUAAAAUGUUAGAUCUUGGAUGAAUAAUUAAAAUACAGGCGUCUGUAUGCACUCAUGGUACAGUCAGUAAAGCUCAGAGGAUGAUGAAUUGUUUGUCUGCUUAGAAUGAAAUGAGCCAAAGGGGCCCGCCAUUAAGAUUAACAUAAGGAUGAAUGGUGUGAUUCCUUAUUAAUGAUAAUAAUAAUAAUAAUAAUAAUAAUAAUAACCAUGUAUUUUUUAUUAAUAUUUCAGCUAAAGUAGAGUAACAUCUUCACCACUUUUCAGAGCUUGAACUCCACUCAGACAUAUAGCAAGAACGUAGAUCAUUUACUCUCACACCCACAGAGAAUGUCUUCCAUCUUUAUAAAUGACUGUAUAAUUACUCUAAUCCUUAUAAUUAAUAUGCUAACAAAUGUCAACAGCCACAUGCUAUUUUUUUCUCAUCCAGUUCUUCUCAAAAUAAAGAUGUGUAAGUUUAUUGAGCAUCCUGCAGAAACAUUUCACUGGACUGUGGGUGGCACCAAGAAACAUCUUGUUUGACAUGUUAUGUGGGUUCUAGCAAUAAUGCUGUGUGGUCCCCAAUGUGACAGGUGUUGCUCUGGGUCUUUGUGGUUUUGGUCCUUUGGUAAAUAUCACCUACUGACUGAUUACCGCAGCUACUGUGUUUGCUUCCUGUAGUGAUCUACUACACGUUACUGGAAUAAAAUGAAAGAUUGUCUA